AUGGAGAUCUCCGGCGGAGCUCAGCUGCCGCCGGCCGGGCUCGGGGAUGGAGAUCUCCGGCGGAGCUCAGCUGCCGCCGGCCGGGCUCGGGGAUGGAGAUCUCCGGCGGAGCUCAGCUGCCGCCGGCCGGGCUCGGGGAGGGAGGUCUGCAGCGGAGCUCAGCUGCCGCCGGCCGGGCUCGGGGAUGGAGAUCUCCGGCGGAGCUCAGCUGCCGCCGGCCGGGCUCGGGGAGGGAGGUCUCCAGCGGAGCUCAGCUGCCGCCGGCCGGGCUCGGGGAGGGAGGUCUGCAGCGGAGCUCAGCUGCCGCCGGCCGGGCUCGGGGAGGGAGAUCUGCAGCGGAGCUCAGCUGCCGCCGGCCGGGCUCGGGGAGGGAGGUCUCCAGCGGAGCUCAGCUGCCGCCGGCCGGGCUCGGGGAGGGAGGUCUGCAGCGGAGCUCAGCUGCCGCCGGCCGGGCUCGGGGAUGGAGGUCUCCGGCGGAGCUCAGCUGCCGCCGGCCGGGCUCGGGGAUGGAGGUCUCCGGCGGAGCUCAGCUGCCGCCGGCCGGGCUCGGGGAGGGAGGUCUCCGGCGGAGCUCAGCUGCCGCCGGCCGGGCUCGGGGAUGGAGAUCUCCGGCGGAGCUCAGCUGCCGCCGGCCGGGCUCGGGGAGGGAGGUCUCCGGCGGAGCUCAGCUGCCGCCGGCCGGGCUCGGGGAUGGAGGUCUCCGACGGAGCUCAGCUGCCGCCGGCCGGGCUCGGGGAGGGAGGUCUGCAGCGGAGCUCAGCUGCCGCCGGCCGGGCUCGGGGAGGGAGGUCUCCGGCGGAGCUCAGCUGCCGCCGGCCGGGCUCGGGGAGGGAGGUCUGCAGCGGAGCUCAGCUGCCGCCGGCCGGGCUCGGGGAGGGAGGUCUGCAGCGGAGCUCAGCUGCCGCCGGCCGGGCUCGGGGAUGGAGAUCUCCGGCGGAGCUCAGCUGCCGCCGGCCGGGCUCGGGGAUGGAGGUCUCCGGCGGAGCUCAGCUGCCGCCGGCCGGGCUCGGGGAUGGAGGUCUGCAGCGGAGCUCAGCUGCCGCCGGCCGGGCUCGGGGAUGGAGAUCUCCGGCGGAGCUCAGCUGCCGCCGGCCGGGCUCGGGGAUGGAGGUCUCCGGCGGAGCUCAGCUGCCGCCGGCCGGGCUCGGGGAUGGAGGUCUCCGGCGGAGCUCAGCUGCCGCCGGCCGGGCUCGGGGAGGGAGGUCUGCAGCGGAGCUCAGCUGCCGCCGGCCGGGCUCGGGGAUGGAGAUCUCCGGCGGAGCUCAGCUGCCGCCGGCCGGGCUCGGGGAUGGAGGUCUCCGGCGGAGCUCAGCUGCCGCCGGCCGGGCUCGGGGAGGGAGGUCUGCAGCGGAGCUCAGCUGCCGCCGGCCGGGCUCGGGGAGGGAGAUCUCCGACGGAGCUCAGCUGCCGCCGGCCGGGCUCGGGGAUGGAGGUCUCCGGCGGAGCUCAGCUGCCGCCGGCCGGGCUCGGGGAUGGAGGUCUCCGGCGGAGCAGAGCUGCCGCCGGCCGGGCUCGGGGAGGGAGGUCUGCAGCGGAGCUCAGCUGCCGCCGGCCGGGCUCGGGGAGGGAGGUCUGCAGCGGAGCUCAGCUGCCGCCGGCCGGGCUCGGGGAUGGAGAUCUCCGGCGGAGCUCAGCUGCCGCCGGCCGGGCUCGGGGAUGGAGGUCUCCGGCGGAGCUCAGCUGCCGCCGGCCGGGCUCGGGGAUGGAGGUCUGCAGCGGAGCUCAGCUGCCGCCGGCCGGGCUCGGGGAUGGAGAUCUCCGGCGGAGCUCAGCUGCCGCCGGCCGGGCUCGGGGAUGGAGGUCUCCGGCGGAGCUCAGCUGCCGCCGGCCGGGCUCGGGGAUGGAGAUCUCCGGCGGAGCUCAGCUGCCGCCGGCCGGGCUCGGGGAGGGAGGUCUGCAGCGGAGCUCAGCUGCCGCCGGCCGGGCUCGGGGAGGGAGGUCUGCAGCGGAGCUCAGCUGCCGCCGGCCGGGCUCGGGGAUGGAGGUCUCCGGCGGAGCUCAGCUGCCGCCGGCCGGGCUCGGGGAGGGAGGUCUGCAGCGGAGCUCAGCUGCCGCCGGCCGGGCUCGGGGAUGGAGGUCUCCGGCGGAGCUCAGCUGCCGCCGGCCGGGCUCGGGGAGGGAGGUCUCCGGCGGAGCUCAGCUGCCGCCGGCCGGGCUCGGGGAGGGAGGUCUCCGGCGGAGUUCCGCUGCCGCCGGCCGGGCUCGGGGAGGGAGAUCUGCAGCGGAGCUCAGCUGCCGCCGGCCGGGCUCGGGGAGGGAGGUCUCCGGCGGAGUUCCGCUGCCACCUUGUGUCCAGCCCGGCCGCGCCUCAGCGCCUGCCCUGCCCCGGGAGAGGGAAGCUCUGGGCCCACCCCCAGGAGGGUCUCCUCCUGCUCCUGGCUCCAGUGCGAGCAGCUCAGGGGUCGGCAAAGCACCAACCCUGAGCCCUAA